AUGGUGCGCUGGAGGCGGCGGCGGGCCCUGCUGCUGACGGCCUUCUUCUUGGCCCUUGUGCUGCUCGAGUACCACCGCAGGGAGCCGGAGGAGCUGCGUCUUUCUGACUGGUUCACCCCGAGGCAGCGCCCCGACGUGGUCACGAUGACCAGCUGGCUGGCCCCGGUGGUUUGGGAAGGCACGUUCAACCGGGAGGUGCUGAGAAGACACUACGAGAGCCGCAACCUUACCGUGGGCCUGGCUGUCUUCGCCGUGGAGCGGAAGGCCAGGGUGAUGCUGGACCUCUUCCUGACCUCAGCCAACAGGCACUUCAUGGCAGGCCAGCGGGUCAUCUUCUAUGUCACGGUGGAGGCUUCCAGCUCUGAGUGGAAUCAGGACAAGGACUUGGCGCUGGGCCUGGAAGGGGACAGCCUGUGGCUGGACCCCGACCUGGCGCGCAUGAAGGACCUGGGGGAGAACAUCGUCAGCCGCAUCGGCCGUGAGGUGGACUUCCUCUUCAGCAUGACGGCCAGCCAGAUCUUCCAGGGCGACAUGGGGCCCGAGGCGCUGGGCACGCUGGUGGCGCAGCUGCAUGGCUGGUGGUACUUCCGGCGCCCAUGGGAGCUGCCCUUCGAGCGGAGGCCUCACUCGGCCGCCUACAUCCCCUUCGGCCAGGGCGACUUCUACUACUCCGGUGCGCUGCUGGGCGGCACCCCCCAGGCACUGCUGGGCCUCGUGGAGGAGUACCUGAAGGGGGUGGAGCGCGACCUCCGGGCAGGCGUCAACAGCACCUACGAGAGCCACCUGAACAGGUACCUCCUCUCCAACAAGCCGGCCAAGCUGCUGUCACCCGAAUACAACUGGGAUGCCACCCUCCUCCCACCCCCGGAAAUUCGCAGCGUCAAGGUCUCCCAGCACUCCGGGAGUCACUGA